UGUGAACUUUUGACAUGUACUUGAUAGAAACUUUGUUGAAACUUAACCAAAAUAUUUAAACUUUUAAUUUAAUUAUGUAUUGUGAUAAUAGUUAUCAAUAGUUUUUAAGUGAGGUUGAAAUAGUUAUCAUAAUAUAUUUUGUUGUUUACUUGUUUAAGUAAAUGUGUGAUGUGUGAUUGUAGUUAACUAUUCAAGGAAUUUCAACAAAAAAAAAAUGCCCCACAUCUUGAAGACAACAUAGUAUGAGAAAUGUAAUAAAAUGGCCGAGUUCCUGCCCCUUUGCGAUGUGCUGUUCAACGUGAUAUCACUAGCUGGGUAUUUCUGUGACGUGGUGUUCGAUCUCGUGAUGGGGUACGCGCUGCUCGAACGCGGGUAUAAAGGGACAUUUGCAGCCACCAUAUCGAUAGUUAUCACAUCACUAUUGAUAUCGCAGGUACUAUCACUCCGUUGGUAUCUACACGUAUGGUGGGCUAGUGAGGGUCGCAAGGGCCGCCCCCCUUGGUUACCCAUACUCUUACACUGCCUGCAAAUGGGGGUACUAUGGAGGUACGCUCGGCUACUUGUACCUGUUGAGUUACGGAGGGUCAAACAUCAAGUUCGUGAUCUUUGUAUGUUGCGUCUAGUCCACGCCUUUUGCGAAGCGGCGCCAAUGUUGCUGCUACAACUUCAUAUUCUACUAAAAGAAGCACAUUUGGAGAUCAGCGAGCUGGGUGUCACGCCGGAUCCUAAUAUUGACGAACCGGCUGCUAACAAAGCAUUCGCGGAGCUCAACGUGAUAUCAGCGUCGCUAUCGCUGUUCUCUGUGUGCUGGGCGCUCGCCAGCUUCAGCAAGAACGUGCGGCUGCAGAACGUGCACCGGCUUGUCUUGACCUGGCUUGGGGUUAUAUUUCAGUUUCUUUGGCGGUUGGGCACGAUAUCUGCUCGUGUGUGUGCGCUCACCGUCUAUGCUCUAGUCUAUGAAUACUGGGUAUUCUUAGUUAUAGGUCUCCACUGGGUGUCGAUGUUUCUCUGGCUGAUAUCGCCGAAGAACGCGUUCCACGGCGAGCGCAUCAGCCGCCCGCGCAAGGCGUACCUGUCCGCGCUCAUCGCCUUCGUGUACGUGUUCGCGUACAUCAACCUGCAGGAGCUCAACCAUCGACAGAAAAUGGUGAUAUUCUACUGCGUGAUGUGCGUGGAGAACAUGGUGCUGGUGACGGCGUGGUGGUGGGCCGGCGCCCCGCGCGGCCCCCCGCCCGCGCGCCUCGCGCCCGCCGCCGCCGCCGCCUUCCUCGCGGGGCUCGCCGCCAUGUCGCUGUACUACCGGUGAGUGUGCGCCCCCCUAGCCGGCCGGCCGCCAUGUCGCUGUACUACC